CUGCGUCUGUCGCUGGCAGUGGCGGUCUGGAUAACGUAGGCUACGCUCCGCUCGGCAGCUCUUUUCGUGUGCCAGACAUCACAUAAUAGUCACAUCGAGAUGGAUGUUGCAGGGGUUCUGCCGCCCAGCUUCGGAUAUGUCAUAUUCACCUACCUGUACAGCUGGAUUAUGCUGACUUAUCUUGGGAUAAAGGUCGGAGCUGCCAGAAAGAAGUACGAUGUCAAGUAUCCCACCAUGUACAGCGACAAAGAGCAGGUGUUCAACUGCAUCCAGAGAGCGCAUCAAAACACACUGGAGGUCUACCCACAGUGGCUGCUCUUCCAGACCAUCGCAGCUCUGGCCUACCCGUUAACGGCGGCCGUUCUGGGGGCCAUCUGGGUGACCAGCAGGUUCUCCUAUGCCUGGGGCUACUACACAGGAGAUCCAGCCAAGAGGAUGAAGGGUGCCUAUGGCUACAUUGGAUAUCUUGGAGUCAUUAUUCUCUCCAUAGCUGUAGCUUUGCAAUUGCUUGGAGUCUUUUAAGUUGAUUUUCAUUUUGAAUUUACUUCCAGGUCUGAAAACAUUGGACUCAGCUCUCCUUGCUUACAUAACCAUAUUUGAAUGUAUAAUUAUUAGCUAUUACUUAUCUGUACAGUUCUUUCAAUUCUGUGCUCAUACAAAGGUGAGGGUGAAUGUAUUCAGUGCCACUUUUUUUCUGUUGACCUCUAAGCUUUAUUUCAAUACCUGUUUGAUUAAAUAAACAAACACUGUGAUAUAUGGACAUGA